AUGGCCUCAGCAAUGAAGGGUCUAUUAAAAGGGUUGAGGUACAUUGCUCGUAUGUUCGGGGAAGAGAAGGAACCAGAGAUACAAAUUGGACAACCAACCGAUGUCAAACAUGUUGCUCAUAUAGGAUGGGAAGGGCCUUCUGCUACUACCCCAAGCUGGAUGGAUGACUAUAAGUCUCCCGAGGAUGAGGCAAAACGAAGUUCCAAAAAGAAACCUGCGAGUUCCGGGGAGAGACAAAAGAACAAGGGGAGGCGCAAAUCAUCUACAGGCACAAACAACUCACCUGCAGAUUCUCCAUCAAGGGUAGGAGGAUCAACUAGGACAUCAAGACGCAGCACGGGUAAACUGAGAGAGCAGAGCAGGGGUUCAGGGUCGGGGUCAGGUUCAGGGCUAGACGUACCUGAGCAGAAUGAUCAGUCUUUGGUACAGAAAAGUUCGAGGCAGAAAAAGUCGAAAGGGACAACAAAAGUAAGAGGAGGAGGCGGUGAACCUCCUCUGCCUCUUGCACCUGUAGAGUCAAAGGAAACAGAUAUAUCCGUGCGGGCGGUUUAUCCUUGUGUGGGUAUAGAAAGUUCUACAGGAAGAUGA